AUGUGCAACUGGUACCUGCCGCAGGGGCCCAACGUGCCCGCGAUACAGAGGUUCCUGUGGCAGGUGCAGUACUUCGUCUCCCAGGGCUUUUACGUGAUCCUCGCCUUUGACAGCACCCGCGACCCAGAGCCCAACGUCGCCUCCCCGAAGCUCUUCACGCGCAACUGGCAGAACCUCUGGCGCACGCUCGCCGACCUGCCAAACUACAAGCUCAUCAAAGGCCGGGUCCUCGCUGACCUGGCGAACGAGCCGAGCCGCUGGGGCUGCCUGUGGGACCGCAGCUGCAAGCUGACAAACGAGUCGGCGCCGACGUGCCUGCCUGGCGUCGAGCUGUACGCGGCGGCGGCGAGCGGGAUCCACGCGGUCGACCCGGACGUGCCCGUGCUGAUCGAGGGCAUGGGGCAGGACAUACAGCGCGGCAAAUACAAGGAGUGCGCGCCCAACUACUACCCAGGCAUCAUCUGGGGGGAGGGCUUCAUCACCAACGGCCCCACCAUCCAGCGCUACGGCAUCAGCGAUCCCAGCGGCAUGUUUGCCUACGACGACUUCAAGCGCCUCGGGCCGUUCACCAUCUCGAAGCCCGCGCUGCCAAACCAGGUUGUCCUGUCGCCGCACGUCUACCCGCGCAGCAUCACCGGCCAGCCGGCCGAGCUGGAAGCCGAUGAGGCGCGGAUCACCUGGAAGUGGGACAUGUCGUGGGGCUGGAAGUCGACGGGGCAGGACCGCACGUCCUCUGGGGAGCCGCUGCGCGACAUUGGGCUGAUCGUGGGCGAGUUUGGGACGCAGGACCAAGGAGACAACAGCAUCAACAACACGGCCGCUACCUGA